AUGUGGUACUUGUCUGGUGCAAGCAGUCUAUUCCAUCACAACACACCAGGAAAGAUGAGCAACGACCAGACCCAGAGUAUCCCUGCUCCCAGUGUGGUCAUUGCCAAGAUGAACUCUCCACCUACAGCUCCUAAAAACAUUGUCUUCAAAAAGACUACCCGUGACAAAUCGAGGCAACAUUACAAGAAGGAGACAAAAGAACAGAUUGCUGUCUACUUGGGCAAGAGAGACUUUAUAGAUCAUGUCACCCAUAUUGAUCCCGUGGAUGGUGUGAUUGUAUUGGAUACUGGGUACAUAAAGGAUAUGAAAGUUUUUUGCAGACUGCUCUGUGCAUUCCGCUACGGACGUGAGGAUAUCGAUGUUUGUGGAUUGAAGUUCAGACGAGACCUGUAUAUGACCACGGUGCAAAUCUAUCCUCCUCCCUCGGGAGAAAAGUCUAAACCCCAAACCAAGUUGCAAGAGCAUUUAGAAAGGAAGUUUGGUGAUAAAGCUUAUUCAUUCUACUUCCAGUUCCCAGACUAUCUACCCUGCUCUGUAACCUUGCAGCCUGGUCCAAAGGAAAUUGAUAAGUGUUGCGGAGUGGACUUUCAAAUCUUGGCUUUCUGUGCAAAGUCUCUCAGCAUUGAUGAGAAUAUCUCCAAAAGGAGUUCUGUGUCCAUGGUUAUCCGUAAGGUGCAGUACGCUCCUGAUAAACCAAAUUUUCAGCCAGUGGCUAAAACUACUAGACAAUUUCUCAUGUCAGACAAACCUCUAUACCUAGAAGCAUCACUCAACAAAGAGAUUUUUUACCAUGGCGAGCCAGUUGAAGUCAGUGUUGAGGUGAUCAAUCAUUCCAGCAAGACUGUGAAGAAGGUUAAAAUAACAGUUGAUCAGUUUACGUCAGUGGUGCUGUUCUCGCAUGACACAUACAGCCUGGCAGUGGCUCAAGAAGAAGCGGAUGAACAGGUGGCUCCAGGUUCCACUCUAAAGAAGGUCUACACACUCUAUCCUAUAAUUGCUAAUAACAGUGAGAAGCAUGGUGUGGCACUGGAUGGCAAAAUCAGACAUGCGGACACCAACUUGGCUUCUACCACUAUCUUAAAAGAAGGAAUAGAUCAUGACGUUUGGGGAAUUCUCGUCUCCUAUAAAGUAAGGGUGAAGCUGGUUGUAUCUGGGUAA